UGAUUGAAGCCGGAAGUAUUCGUUAAACAGCUUGACCUCAGAUACAUGAGAAAGACAUGCUUUAUUAUUUUUCCCCCACAGUUGCUGUUCUUUUCUUAACUUCGGAAGUGUGAAUUAAACUUUUCGUUAGUUAUGGAUCCGAACCUGCAGCUCUGGAAAAGCCACGGCCAGUCUUUCCUCAGUAGAUUAAAGACCUGGUUUAAUCUCCUGGAUCCCAGCCUGCUGCUGUCCUCUGAUGCUGAAAUACUUAAAGCCCAUGCUCUUCUUGGAAGCAGAGAGAAGCUAAAUAAAAAGGAUGAGGCUGCAGUGAGUCUCUCACUUUCUUCUCUUCAUGCUGACUCUGGUGCUGUCCUUCCACUUAUUUUCCGUCCUCCUGCAUUUUUUCCAAUUUCAGCACCUUUGGUGGUUGCGAGUCUUUUGUUUCAUAGUGGAGUCAAACCGGCUCUGUUUUGGCAGUUUUUGCUCCAGGGUUACAAUGCCGGGUUUAACUACAUGAACAGGAACACUUCAGCAGAGCAGGGGAAGAAGGCGUCUUUAAAGCAUCUUCUGCUCAUCGCAGGAACAGUUUCCUACACAACAUUUGCAGGGGCCCUUCCUCAGAUUAUCGUCAACAGACUCCGGGUGAGAAGCCCCCCGCUGCAGACGUUCUGCAGGUCAAUACUACCCAUCCCUCUCUCAGCUGCUCUGGCCUUCUUCAACGUACUCACCAUCAGAAACGAGGAGACGGAAACGGGGAUCCAAGUGUUCGACCGUAACGGAAACGCAGUCGGCGUUUCCAGAGCAGCAGGAGAAAAGGCUGUGUGGGAAACUGCGCAAUCGAGAGCCGUUCUGUUUGGGACGACCGCUGCUGUUCCUAACCUGCUCGGUUUGCUCCUACAGAGGUCAGUCUUUUAUUUAUUUACUUUUAUUUUAUUAUCGCCAUACAUUCCU